AUGGUAGUUAACGAAGUGGUCGAUUAUGCGAAUAAGGAGGGUAGGAGUUAUUUUCUUUUCAAGGUGGAUUUCGAAAAAGCUUACAAUAAAGUGAAUUGGAAUUUCCUUAGUUCAAUGUUGAAGAAAAUGGAAUUCGGGGCUUUAUGGAUGAAAUGGAUAGAUUUAUUGAUUUUUCAAAGUAAGAUAUCGAUUCUUGUGAAUGAGAGUCCGACUAAGGAGCUCAAAGUUGAGAGAGUGGCGGAAGGGCUUACAGGCUUGGUGACUAAGGCUAUUUAUAUUGGAGAAUUCGAAGGUUUCCUUUUUAAUGGUAAGUGCAAAGUAGACAUUCUUCAAUUCACGGAUGAUACUUUGUUGAUAGGGGAGGGAAUUCGGAAACAAGUUUGGGCUAUCAAGACGGUCUUGAAAGCUUUUGAAAUGGUCUCGGGUUUUGGUAUCAAUUAUCACAAAAGUAAACUUAUUGGCAUCAAUGUGAGUAGUAAUCUUUUGGAAGCCGCUUCAUCUCUUUUAUCUUGUACAGUGGAAGGAAAGGUCCUUAACGGAGAAGUUCUUAACAUCGUUCCAUCUUUCUCUUCUUCUUGGUGGAAGGACAUUCUUUCUCUAGGGAAAAAUUCACAUCAUGACGUUAUGAUUAAUAGCUGCACUUUCAAUAUUGAUAGAGGUUUUACAACUUCUUUUUGGCACUCUGUGUGUAUUUCGGAUUUGCCUUUAAAAGAUUGUUUCCCUUCUCUCUAUUAUGUUUCGAAAUUGGAGCGCAUUUUGGUGGCCGGAAUGGGGGUUGGAGGGAGGAUGUUUGGUGUUGGGGGUACUUUGGGUUGUUCUGGAAUCGGUAGGUCACUCUUUUUUAAGUGCUCUAUUGUCAAGUUGAUUUGGAAGGAAAUAGCGGAGUGGAUUGGUAUGUCGGAUGUAAAGGUUGAGGACCCUAAAGGGAGUUUCAUGUAUUGGUAUAAUUCUUGCAAGCACAUGAAAAUGAAGGAGGGUAAACUUAGUUGCAUUUGGUUAGCUUCAACUUGGAACAUAUGGCUUCUUAGGAAUGACAUCCUUUUUCGGAAAGAUCCUUGA